CAUAAAUAAGAGAGGGACAUUGAGCAUGGUUCAGGACCACUCUCUCUCGGGAAUCCGGCUUCUUUAGUCUUUCUUUCUGCCCCGUGUCAACUCCUUCAUCUCCGUAAUGGCUGAUGCUGCUCCCGCUCCCGCUGAGGCAUCCGGCGCCUCUGCUUUUACGGCCGACCAGAUCGAGGACUUCAAAGAGGCUUUCGGGCUCUUCGACAGAGUCGGUGACAGCAUGGUUGGAUACAACCAGGUGGCUGAUAUCAUGCGCGCCCUGGGACAGAACCCUCAGAACAAGGAGGUUGCAGUGAUCCUGGGAAAACCAUCCCCCGAUGAUAUGGCCAACAAGAGGCUGGCCUUCGCCGAUUUCAUGCCCAUGAUGGAAAAAGUUGAUAAAAUAGUGAAGGGUACACUUGAUGACUACGUUGAGGGUCUCCGCGUCUUCGACAAGGAGGGCAACGGCACCGUGUCUGGGGCUGAGCUGCGCAUCGUGCUGGGCACACUGGGUGAGAAGAUGUCCGAGACCGAGAUUGAUUCCCUCCUUAUAGGUCAGGAGGACGAGAACGGCAGCAUCAACUAUGAGGCUUUUGUCAAGCACGUCCUGUCUGUGUAAGAUAGUGCUGCGGCAACCAAAGCUUAUCUAUCUCCCAGACCCCAUGGUGUCAGGACUGUUUUUCUAAAGACCAACCUAGGAAAGAAAAGGACUAUAAUGGGAUGUCGAAAAGCCAUUCUGUGUCUGUUUUAUUUUCGUCCGUCAACUUUUCAACUCCUCACUCCUCCUCUCUACGGAAGUUCCCUCUCCGCUGUCAGAUGACGACCCUCGCCCCGCCUCCACCUGGGGCAUGUUUCUCCACUUGGGGUGGGACGGUGACCACUCAUCAAGUGGGGGGGUUGUACCCUCUGCCCCGCCCACCUCAUGUCAUCAUCAUCUUGCCGGCUGGAAAAGAUUGUGGAUUGGCCGGCAAGCCCCUCCCCCAUCAGUUAUAUUUAUUUUCACUCUGUCGUUUCAGAAUAAACUUUUCCAAAAGUA